AUGACAUUCACCAACGAUGUAUGCUAUGGAAAUAACAACGAGCUAUUAGCUUUACUGAAGGGAUAUUCUGCAUUGAUUCCUCCACUUCACCUUAAAUUUCCUGUUCAAUAUUCAUUUACUGAGGUACACACUUUUCUUUUACACCAGGUUUUGCUCGCUCCGCACCUGGAGCAGUAUCCACCCUCCGGGAGAUACCAGCGAUCAUUUUGGAAGUGGUCAAUUGAACACCUGGAACGAAUGGACAAAGACGAAGAGGACGGCGAGAUCGACACACGAAUUUAUGACCGUUAUUUGUCCCUUAUGUCGGGUUCGACCGAUCCUAGUGGUCCCCCACCGGACUCGUACAUGACAUAUUACUGGAAGCCUUUAAGUUCACUUGGUUGUACCGAUCGAAGCAGCCACGAAACCAUCACACUACUCGAGUCUCGUACCACCAUCGAGAGCGGAACGACAGGGCUUAGGACCUGGUGUGCAAGUUUCGUCCUUGCCAGUUAUCUCAUUGCGAAUGCCGAGACGAUUCGUGAUCAAACGGUCUUCGAGCUUGGUUGUGGGUCCGGUUUUCUUGGAAUUAUUGUGGCGACAAUACAACAGAAAUUUAACGAGCGUCAUGAAUCACAUCGUCAGCCAUUGCCUGCAGUACUGUUGACUGAUGUAAAUGCCGGAGUGCUUUCAAGGUGUCGCGACAAUGUCCAACUUCGUUGCAAUCAGUCAUCAAAUCACCCAAAUAUCACCUUCUCCACUCUUGACUGGUUCGAUGCCCUUUCCCUGCCAUGCAGUGAGAGCAUGAUGACAGCAUUUCUAUCCAAAGCGAGCGUGGGCGUUGUGAUUGGUGCUGAUAUAGUAUUUGAUCCGAUUCUGGUCCCACCUCUGGUCGCAACAUUGCGCCUUGCACUUUCCUUCGAGAGUGCUCGAAUGGCAGUGGUGGCGUUAACAGUCAGAAAUGAGCAAACGCUUGCGUAUUUUGUGACAGAGGCUGUUCCGCACGCUUUCACCUCAGCUACAUACUUUGAUCUGGAUACCGCUGGAGUGGAUGCCGGUCUUGAUGUGAAGAUAUUCAAAUUCACACUCCACAAUUCGGCGUCAUAAUUAAAUGCGCGUUGUAUUUCACAGUUGUUUCUACUCAGAGUUACUCUCGGAUAACACUCAUUCGACCUUCACUCGCACAGCUAGUCACACAAUGUAACGAAGUAGUCUCCUAGGCCACCUAGUGAAUUGGCCGGCGACAGACCGACGGCUUUAUCACGUCUUAACCCUGAUCUCGCUCAUUCUCCAUCAAUUUCGAUUGUUCAACUGCAUAACAUUUUCAAAUGACUGAUUGUUGUAAAUUGGGGUUAUACAUUGAGAGUUGAGACAGACUUGAGCUAGGUAUUUCAAAGUGGCCAAGUGAUCUGGAGUAGUGACCAAUAUGUAGUAUGCAG